AAUGCACAAAGAGCUGUCUCGCAGGGCAGGCCUUUAGCUACAUUCCAGAGCCAAAUCCACUGAAUUCGUCCCCGGUCAGGCCGAGCUCGUCCUCCAGCACCACAUCCUGGUCCUGCCGGAAUGAGAAUUAACCCCGAUCGGUAGCGGGAGCUCUUCCGUACGGACCUGCACUGGGUAUCUCCCGGUUCCCCUGGGGGGGGAGGAGGCCAGUCUCUCCAGCACCUAGGCUGGGAUUGGACCAGAGAUGGAAAUCUGCAGGGUGAGGCCGGAGAUGAGGGGCUUUUAGUCAUUGAAGGGGGUUUGAAAAACAAACAGUGCAUGCAGAAUGCCCAACAUCUCAUUACACUCUUGAUGAGAAACACAAGAAAUGGGUUUUUAUUACGGAUUUGAAGAUGGGUUUGCACAAUACCUUUGAACGUUCUCAACAAAAAUGAGUGCCAGUGCUAAAAUAUCUGAGAACUGGCCCCUUUACUAACAGAGCCUUCUGUCCAACUUCUCAGACUCCUGCAGCAUUCAGUCUGACUCAUCUGGUGGGUUUUUUGCAGACAUUUUCACACAAGGAAGGACAUCUAUUUUCUUUGACUCAAGGUUCAGACUAGAGCCACAGUACCGGACCCACACCCAGCAGGGCCCUACUGUACUGCCGGCGUUGUGAUUUAGCAUUUUAAACACAUAAAAGGUUUGGGCCUCAGUUAGGCCAAGCGAGCACCCUACAGUAUCAAUGAGCCCCUAAUUAAUAAAUGCCAAAUGAAUCAAAUGAAGAAUUAUCUUAGUUUCAAUAAUAUUAUUUUUUUAUUUUGCUUAUUUUUUCGUGUGGAUGGCUCUUUUAAAACUUUACUGCCAGAAUGAAGCGUGCACCAGGAAAGACAGGGGUGUGCAGUGAUGUUCUUUUGUUGAAACGUAACUACCGUUGCCUGAGCGCGUGUAGGUGUAAUUAUAAUCAUUAUGCUAAUUUUCAAAUUUUCAGGUGCAUCUAAAAAUACAGCUAUGGUAUUUUUUUUUAAAUCCUCGCCUACGGUAGAUUUUCAUUUUUCCAAUCGACGAAUCACAUUGUAGAUAACAAGAAACAGCUCGUGCUUUAUUUCUGUACCGAGUGGCGUUAACAAUGCAACCAAUCCUUUUAGGCCCCAGAAUUCAUUUGUUGCGUUUUUCGUGUCUCUUCUUACAUACAUUACCAGCUUCAAGGCUUUCACUGCAGUGGAGAACAUGGGGGGCCCGUUCCCCUUCGGAAAAGAGGACCCUGGGGGUCCAAACAUGAGGAACAGUGUCAUACGGGUGUAUUACUGAAAUGUCAUCUCUGAAACUCGGGGGAACUUUUAAAACCAAGAGCAGGAGACACUUCCCUGCCCCAGAGUGUGGUGGGAGUGUGGAACAAGCUCCCCAGCCAUGUGGGUGAAGCCAAUUUCCUGCUUCUUGCAAGAAAUGGCUGAAUGUGAUCAAUUAAAUACCAAACAGGCUCGAUGGGUCGUUCAGAACCAUUCUUAUGUCACUAAUAAACAACCGUGCUAGCUAGAUGAGCUGUGCUCUUGCUGGAAAUCUUUCUGUUCAUCUUUUUCCUCUGCCUGGCAAUAGAUGGUCCCCAUGACAGUAAUUAUUCUCCCUAGGGAGAGGCAGGAAUGUUGCUGUUGUACCUGCCAGCUGAACAAUAAUGACCUGUGUCCCUUCCUCCAACGUCCACAAACUAGAUGAAACCCAGAAAGGUCGCCACCGUUAUCGGCUCAGGUUUGAAAACAUUUCAAAGGUCACGGGCGGGAGGCGGGUUCGAGUCAGGUUUUGACACCAGGCUCCAGCAGAUCUCCGAUUCCGGCGACAACAGCUGCUGUUAUAUUUAGACGCUCGUCCAGGUCGGGAGGAAUGCAUGAGAAAUGGAAGGUCACGGUGGCACUGCUCUGGAAAUGGGCGAGUCACUGGUCACACUGGUACGGGCUGAGGUCACCCUUCCAAAACAGCUCUGAAAGGCCCGAGCUUUCACCACUGCAUCCUGCCUGCGAGAACUUGGGAUCCUGCCAGCGUCGUGUUGAUUCACUCUCUUUGUAUCGCAGACCGGCGCUUUCAGUGACCAUGCCAAGGUAAUCUGCCACCUUUCCCUUUUGACAUUUGACUACUGUAAAUUUGACCAAUUUGCUGUUAACACCCUUUCACGUUACUACUCUUUACUCUGGCUUUACCAGAGUGUACCAGAGUGAACUUUUGUAGGACUUUAUUGUUGGUGUGGUAAUCUUAUAAUACUAGGCCAGCUAAUUUUAAUCCUGUAAACAGCUCUAUCUUUAACUGAACCAUUGAAAACACUGCGCCUGGGCAGGGUGACUUCAGAGCAAAGGGGAGAGAGAGUAGAAGCUCAGGAAAGUGUUAGAUUUACUCUCUCCUACUUGGGAUCACGCGGUGACUGGGUUUACUGGGGCAGAUCAGGGCAGAGGUAUUUUUUGUUUUCCACUACCUGUGGUUUUGCAUUAUUUAAGGUAGACAGGGCGGACAGACUCAUCUAUAAGUGCUGGAACAGAGAGAACCUGGGUGAAUUCGAUAUAUUGGAAAGUAGAGAGAGCUGAAGUCAUCACUCUUUCAAGCAUGCAUUCUUCACAUCUCACAUCUAAACGAUUACUAAUCUAAAAUCCAAGGAGCUUCACAAAUUGCUUUCUCCUUUGAAGGAACAUCCAGCUGUGCAGAGCAUACAGAAAGUUAAGCUGAAAAACAAUAUUUGAAAAAUAGUAUAAAAACAUAAAAAGUAAUAUCACACGCACACCAUCCAGAGAGCUCCCCCCUGUACUUGAUUUUCACAAGCCAGCUCUGCCAGUUCCACCUCCUUCCUGGACAAUGAGAGAUCAGCACUCAGGAUAUUCAUUUACUCAUUAAGAGAGUUUUUCGUGUGAGCAUGGGAGACAUAGGACAAGAUAAUUAUGUUCAAGUUUAAAACAGGUCUUUGGAAAGGUCUUUGGAUCUCUGUGGUCUGAUUGAAAAUUUCCCCCAAAAUACAAAUUCUAUCUCUUUUCCCAGUGUUUGAACACUGCACAGGGUAAACGUGGAAAAAUGCUCAGCAAACUGGGGCUACCCUCAUGCAGGCUGAGCACAGAGUGUUCUGAGAUUGAAACUUCCAGCACAGCACGGCAAUAAAAUAUAUUUUUUGCAGAACUGGCGGUUUUACAUUAGAAGAUGGAAAUACAAUCAUCCCAGAGAACUUUUUUUUAGAUUGUAUUUCAUGUUUGCAAGAAAUCCGAUAAACGCUAAAACUGGGGCAGGGUGCUUUUUAUUUCCUCUGUUUUAUUGAUUGUUUGAAGGGACAAACGAAGGGGAUUGUCUGCGCACUUUCAGUCCCAUGAAACAAGAGUAAAAACAUCAGGGAAGUCUUUCAACCGGAAUGCGAUUAAUCCUGGCAGUCAGCCGGCUGGGAUCGUAAUCACCAGCCAGCCUUUAAUUUUCACCUAAUAACAGCCCACACAACAGCGACCACAUCACAGGGUGGUCUCACCCUCUUGGCUUGCUUUCUCUUUAAAAUCCUCUCUAAAGCCAAGUGCUAUUUGUAGAAGUUAAUUCAUCUAACUCACAAUGUCACACUGAUAACCUAGACAGGUCAUAAAACGUGUAGCUGGCCUCCUCGUCAGUUAGGAAAACAGAUUAAUCAGGAGCACAAUGCAACUUCAGUUUGUAAACCAUUUGCCCUGCAGCUUGUUGGAGCUCCCCACUCAGACUCGGUGCUACGCAGUACACAUUCUGGAGACAGACGAGCUCGCUAAUCCCAACGGUCAUUUUUUUAUUUCUAUUCCUGUAGCUGUGAGCUACCCUGAUACCAAAACAUCAGGGUCACAGGCAUGCAAGUUAAAUUUUACUGAUGACUAACCGGCUUAUUGGCUCUCUGGGUGAGUUCAGAGAGAAGGUGCUCUAAACCCACAGAGCUGAUCUGAUCAUCCCCUGAUACUCCCAACAGGACCGGUAAAAGGGCACUGUAGUAACUUCAGCUCAUCAGAGGGCAUCUGCAUCCCAGAGGAUUCUGGAAACUAAAAGAGCAAACAUGCUACCUCAGGAACAAACAGGAGAGGGAUCCGUCAGGCUCAGCCUUUUUUUUUUCCUUCCUGUGACACUGAUAAACUGAGCUUUGUACCCAUCAAGCAACUCAUUUGCUCUGCAAUGUGGAGGCGUUGAGUCACAGCACCCAACAUGGAUCAGACGCUUAAAAAAAGCCGGAGUCGGUGAAAGAGCUGAUCAUCUCAAAUUAUCCUGCUAAUUUGUCAGCCGCCUAUGGUGCUGUGUGAUUGAAACCUUCUUGGAGAGCAAGCCAUCACGGGGCAAUUUUCCUGCUGAUUUUGUUCUCGUUUCUUCCGCUGCUGGUUGUAGGCGCCACAGUGAUACUAUGCAUCAUGAGUUAUUUUCUGGUACUGAGCAAAACACACGGAGAGACAGUCCUCGCGCAAUAUCAGAGACUGAGGGCUGACAAGCUGCUGUGUGAUAUUGUGCUGGUGGCUGGUGGCACAGAAUUCCCAGCCCACAGGAGUCUUCUCGCUUGCUCCAGCGACUAUUUCAGGUCCCUGUUUAAGGAUUACACGAGAGAAUCCAAAGCCAGCCUGAUAAAACUACAGGUCGUCACUGCCACAGGACUCCAGCACAUCCUGGACUUUAUCUACACCUCCUGGCUCUCGCUUUCUCCUGACACUCUGGAGGACACCUUAGAGGCAGCCAGCUACCUGCAGGUCCUUGAGGCCAUUCAGCUCUGCAGCCAGUACAUGAUCAGCAACCUGACCCUUGAAAACUGCUGCUUCUUUGCCAAUGUUGCAUCCAAGUACGGCAUUGGGGAUGCUUUGUCUGCUGCCAACAGGUACAUCAGCAGCAAGUUCAGGGAGUUACUCCUCUGCAAUGUGGAUUCCGUGGGACUUCUGGAGCUCAACACAGAAUCCCUGAUGGACAUGCUGGACUCAGAGGGAAUGCCAGGAGUAAGAGAGCUCUCACUCCUAGCUCUAGUGCUGGAAUGGUUGAGGAAUAACAAGCUCUCGGCUGUGAAAAGCAAUCUGAUACUGAGCAAGAUCCGGUAUGGGCUUAUUCCUGUAGAGGAGCUUACUAACCUUUAUUCUACGCACGAGUCUCUGCAAACCCCAUUUAUAAAAAGCCUUAUUUUAAAAGCAAUGAACUACCACUCCCUGGGUCACCAGCAGCCACUGAUUCAAAGCACACAGACAACGCUAAGGAGCCAAAGAACCCAUGUCGCUCUAGUUGGAGGAGGGACCCAAAUGGAUGGGCUUGUUAGAGAGGUCUUAGCAUUUGACCCUUACCUAAAGAAAUUCAGAUCCCUCACAGAGCUCAAGGUUAAGGUUCAGAACCACUGCGUUUGUGUAGUUGGGAACUUUCUGUAUGUGCUGGGUGGAGAGGCCAUAGAGAUCAACGAAAACGGAAAAGUAGUGACAACAGUAGUCAAUAACCAGGUUUACCGAUAUGAUCCCCGUUUCAACCGAUGGGCUGAAGCAGCUGGGAUGCUGGAAAGAAGGGCCCAGUUUGCAUGCUGUGCAGUGGAUGGCAGAAUAUUCGCCAUUGGUGGAAGAAGUGGGAUUGAAUCACCACAUUCUUCCAUGGAGGUCUAUGACAUCAAGACAAACACGUGGCAGAAAGCCGAACACCUGCCACAGAAGAUGCAUGGUCACGCCUGCACCGUGUACAGGAACACCAUUUACAUUUCGGGGGGAGUGCACACCAACCAGAGAGAGAGCAGCAGACAGGUGUUCAAGUUCAACAUCCUUGAAAGGCAGUGGAGGCCGUGUGCUGCCAUGUCCAUUGCCCGCUUCAGCCACCAAAUGGCAGCAGUCAAAGACAAGAUUUAUACAUUUUUGGGGAUGUAUGAGCCCUUUUGUGACAUCGAAACAUAUGAUCCAAUAGAAAAUCAGUGGACCAGGUUAAAGCCUCUGCUGAACGACAGGUUCUCCUAUGGAUUGGUGGUGGUUGAGGGCAGCAUUCUGUUGAUAGGUGGGAAAAAGUGGCACAAUGCUCAAGAGGUCUCCACUCCUAGUGUCCUGGAAUACGAUGUGGAUGAAGACAGCUGGACAGAAUUAUGCAGGCUUCCCCGUCCACUAUACGGAUCGCAGUGUGCCCUGCUGCAGCUACCAGACCCCACAGAGCCGUAAAUGACAGGCCACAUCACUGGAACAACUUAUUCGGCUUUCAGCUUCAGUAGAUGAAACACGGGGAAGUAGAAACUGAGCGACUGGAGCAGGAUCGUAGUUCCCUUUCCAGAGGCUAACACUGCUGCAUAGGAAGAAAGGGGAGAAAAUAAAAUGGACGGAAAAAGGAUUUGUGCCAAGUGGAGAAGAAAUUCCAAAGGGCACCGUAGGAAGAGAGAGAAUGAAACACGUGCCGUCAUGGAGGGUCAAGAGAAAGUGCAUGACUGAAGAAUACUAUCCACAAAGAAAGGUCUCUGAGCUUCACUAAUAAGUUUGGCUUAUCAACGAAAGUAAAAAUUCCUCCUAAGCAAUGGCAGUGCUGCUCAUGCCAGUGCCCGUUCACCACUGGGCAGGUUGCAAAGGACCUUUAAAUGUGCAAGACUGGGAACAAACAGCCUCUCCCUCCCCCCACCAUGACCAAAACCUCACAGCCCAAAGUGAACCAACACGCUCUUCGCCUCAGCUGGCUGGGAGACAGGGACUGGGACAGGAAGUCAUUUUCUCCGAGCGCUGAACCGAGGGCUCUGGACUGCCGGGGAGGAAGAACUUCCUCUUCGUCAGAAAAGACGAGUCUGGUUUCUUUUCUUUUUAUUUUUUAACUCGGACUCGCCGCUGAACUUUAGUCAGAAAGCUGGUGCAUGUGAAAAGGUAGCGAAGAGACUGAUCGUGGGAAAGAUAAAACCAUGGAAAAAGAGUGAGGAUUUGGGUGAUCGUGUUCUCCUUGGGUGAUUUCGAGAAGGAAAUUUCGAAUGUAGGGGGCAUGGAGAUGCAGCAAGUAGUGUGUUUUUCUUUUUUUUUAAUUGUAUUGCACACGGAGCUAAUGAACUGUGACUUAAUAUUAAAGUAACUGGUAAGUUGUGGAUCUUUAGGCUUUGAGCAGUGAGGGAAAGUAAAUAAAGGAACACAUCUGUUAACCU